AUGACCAAGCGCGUGAACGAUAAAUGGCAGUUCUUCGAGAAGCAGCACGACUUGCCGCGCAACCAUCAGUGGUGGCAGAUCCGGUGCAAGGCCUGUGUUGAAGCCUAUCAGAACAUGGGCUUGGAUGGCCUGCCGCGUUUGAUUCCCGUCCGGCGAAGAUGGCCAAGCACGUCGACGAGUGCCGUCACAUCGCCGCCGCGCGAGGCCGAGGACCCAGUGAUUGAGCAAGGCGCCGACGCCAUUGAGUUCUGGUCCGAGAUCCUCGAGCUGCUGAGACCGGACGACUCGGCGUUACCAUCUAUCUACUCAUGCCGUAGCCGACCUCGCUGA